AUGGAUAAUUUUCGAGAUGAAAACGGAAUGAUCCCAUUACCCCAAUACUACACAAACGAUCUUGGCUUGAUCGAUUUCAUGGAUGAAUCCAAUCUCCACCAAUUCAUCGAUCUAAUUCGCGGCGAAAAUGUUCAAACUCACGACAAUUUUCAUCAACCUAUGUUCAAUCAAGAUUACGGCUAUCAGAGCAUUAACGCCGCCGUUGAGGACUGCCAUUUUCUGGCACCGCCGCCCCCGCCACUGCAGAAUGUGGGGAUGUUCGAUUUUGAGGCGGCGGCGGGGCAUGAUGAGUUCGGGUUGGUUAAUGCGGCGUGCGAGAAGAAUCAGGCGGAUGAGGAGGAGGAGGAAGAGGAGUAUUUGAUGGACGAUCAGGAUGAAUCGUCGGGGGGCUCGGGCGUCACCACCGUGCCGGGGGCGAGGAGCGGAGGCGGGAAGGCCGACCGGUCGAAGACGUUGGUGUCGGAGCGGCGGAGGAGAGGCCGCAUGAAGGAGAAGCUCUAUGCAUUGCGCUCCUUGGUUCCUAACAUCACUAAGAUGGACAAAGCUUCGAUUGUGGGCGACGCAGUGUUGUACGUACAAGAUUUGCAAAAUCAGGCUAAGAAGAUGAAGGCAGAGAUCGCAGGUUUCGAGGAAAACUACAAACAUAAAACUACUCAAAAUGGCAUCCAAUCUAAUCCCACAACAUGCUUCUACCCCACACCCAAGAUCAUUUUUAAGAUGGAGGUAUCUCAAGUAGAAGAAAGAGGGUUUUACGUAAAAAUAGUGGCAAACAAAGGCCACGGCGUCGCUGCCGCUCUAUACCGAUCUCUUGAGUCUCUCACCACCUUCGAUGUUCGGAGCUCGAAUCUCACUGUCUCUUCUGAUCAAAACUAUGUCUUCACCUUCACUUUGCAUACGAUGGAAGGAGAGAUGGAGGUGAACUUGCAGAGUGUGAAGGUGUGGAUUGCAAGAGUCUUCCUCAAUCAAGGAUUUGAUUUUCAGACAUCACAAUAA